UUGCUCUUAGAUGCUGAGAAAAAGUAAUGAGCAGCGAUUUAAAUACAUGUAUGUUACCAAUUUGAGCUCAUAAAACGCCAGGUAAGUAACAAACCUAGGGCAUAGAUUGUGAGCGAACGUUUUUUCCAUUUAAUAUUCUUUCACGCCUUUAUACCCAUCAAUAUACACCACGGUAUCAAUGAAAGGUGUCGCUAGCGAAUGGCUAGCCUGAGCCCUCAUCCAAACAUGGGAAAAUAGAUCCAUCCUGUUACCUUCUCAAAAGCGACAUUUUUCCAGGAUGAAAGUCGUCAACUUGAAGCAAGCCAUUCUGCAGGCUUGGAAGGAGCGAUGGAGCGACUACCAGUGGGCUGUUAAUAUCAAGAAGAACUUUCCAAAGGGAGCAACAUGGGAGUAUCUUAAUCUCGCAGAGGCGCUAAUGGAACAGGCGAUGAUAGGUCCCUCUCCCAACCCACUUAUUUUGUCUUAUCUCAAAUAUGCUAUAAGUUCCCAGAUGGUGUCUUAUUCAAGCGUACUCAUAGCCAUUAGCAAGUUUGAUGAUUUUUCGCGGGAUCUGUGUGUGAAAUCACUCCUGGAGAUAAUGGACAUGUUCUGUCAUCGUCUCAUCUGUCACGGGAAAGCAGAGGAAUGCAUUGGGCUGUGUCGCGCUCUGCUCGGAGUGGUGGUGUGGCUGCUGCAGGGCUGUGCGUGGUACUGUGAAAGGUUGAGGGAACUGAGCCCGACAAGCAGCACAGAGGCCUGUUUGGCAGAAUGCAGAGAGAGGCUGCACAAACUCAUUAGCAGUACCAAGAACAGAGCCCUGGUGCAUAUCGCCCGGCUGGAAGAUCAAGGCUCGUGGAGCAAUGUGGAGCAAGCUUUGCUUAAAGUGAGUGAAAGCCUUGGAUAUGUAUCUAACCCAACACUGAGGACUAAAUUGGAGGAAAGUUUGUCACUGGUUAAAGGCAUCCCACUGAUGCUGUCUGUGCAGUGUGAUGUGCCAUCUUGCACCUCCUUUCCAUCAAUUCAUGCCUUCAUUAUGCUGGAAGGGACCAUGAAUUUGACAGGGGAGACGCAGCCGAUGGUCGAGCAGCUGAUGAUGAUCAAGAGAAUGCAGAGAAUUCCAACGUCUUUUUUUGUGCUGGAGAUAUGGAAAGCUUGUUUCACCGGGCUCAUCGAGUCACCAGAGGGCACCGAAGAGCUCAAAUGGACUGCAUUCACCUUCCUAAAGAUUCCACAGGUUUUGCUGCGACUGAAGAAAUAUCCUCAGAGUGACAAAGGACAGGACUUUACAGAGGAUGUGAAUGUUGCCUUUCAGUACCUACUCAAACUAACGCCUCUGCUGGACAAAGCUGAUCAAAGAUGCAACUGUGACUGCCUGGGUAUGCUGUUACAAGAGUGUAACAAGCUUGGCCUGCUGUCUGAAUCAAACACCGAGAUCCUCACAUCAAAACGGAAGUUUGCCCCAAAACUAAAAACCGCAGAAAAUGCCAAUAUCCAACCUAACCCAGGCCUCAUCCUCCGAGCUGAACCAACUGUGACCAAUAUUCUUAAGACAGUAGACGCCGAUCACUCCAAGUCUCCUGAGGGCCUUCUGGGUGUUCUUGGGCACAUGUUGUCUGGGAAGAGCUUGGAUCUGCUCCUGGCGGCCGCAGCUGCCACAGGGAAACUCAAGUCAUUUGCCCGCAAGUUUAUCAAGCUUAAUGAGUUUCCCAAGCAUAUCAGUGGUGAAGGAUCUAAGUCUGCAUCUGUCCGGGCACUGCUCUUUGACAUCUCCUUCCUGAUGCUUUGCCAUGUGGUGCAAACAUACGGCUCUGAGGUGGUCCUGUCUGAUCCCAGUCCCUCAGGGGAGACACCCUUUUUUGAAACAUGGCUGCAAACGUGUAUGCCUGAAGAGGGAAAGAUUCUGAACCCAGACCACCCUUGCUUCAGGCCUGAGCCUGGCAAAGUAGAGAGUCUGGUGACCCUGCUGAACAAUUCCUCAGAGAUGAAGCUAGUUCAAGUGAAAUGGCAUGAAAUCUGCCUCAGCACCCCUGCGGCCAUCCUAGAAGUUUUGAAUGCCUGGGAGAACGGCGUUCUGUCUGUGGAGGCAGUGCAGAAGAUCACUGACAACAUCAAGGGCAAAGUGUGCAGUAUGGCCAUAUGUGCGGUGGCGUGGCUGGUCGCCCACGUCAGGAUGUUGGGGCGGGAUGAGAGGGAGAAGCCUCAGACCAUGAUUCGACAGCUUGUCACACCACUCUAUGGCGAGAACACGCUGCAGUUUUACAGCGAACGUGUAAUAAUAAUGAGCUCCAUCAUGGAGCACAUGUGUGCCGACGUCUUCCAGCAAACGGGUGCAGCUCUGCGUUCCCCGGUGGAGGGCCAGGAGCCCAUUCCCUACCGGAACCUGCUUCCAGCCAAGGAGCCAAUUCAGGCCGCACUCACCAAACAGUUCCAGAUGGUGCUGCGUAAAGGCUGGGUCGACAGCCGAGCACUGCAUCUCUUUCAGAGUCUCCUCAACAUGGGAGGGGUCUUCUGGUUCACUAAUAAUUUAGUCAAGGAGCUUCUCAAGGAGACCCGGCAGGAGUGGGCCAACCGGGUGGUGGAGUUGCUUUACAGUAUCUUCUGUCUGGAUAGUCAGCAAAUCACCCUCACUUUGCUGGGCACGAUAGUGCCUAACCUGCUCACUGACUCCGCCCACUGGCACAGUCUGGUAGACCCACUUGGCAAAGCGUUGGCUAAAUUGUCCGUGUGGUGCGCUCUCAGCUCCUAUUCGUCCCACCACAAAGGCUCUGUUUCGGCUCAUCAACGAAGAAGACAGCGAGAAGAUAUUGAGGACUAUAACAGCCUCUUUCCUUUGGAUGACACUCAACCUUCCAAGCUCAUGCGUCUGCUCAGCUCCAAUGAGGAUGAGCCUGUUACACUUUCCAGUCCAGGAGACCGAUCGAUGAGCAGCUCCCUGUCCGCCUCACAGCUCCACACUGUGAACAUGAGAGACCCACUCAACAGGGUUCUAGCCAACCUUUUCCUGCUCAUUUCCUCCAUCCUGGGCUCCAAGAUGGCGGGGCCUCACACCCAGUUCGUGCACAGCUUCAUGGAGGAGUGUGUGGAAUGCUUGGAGCAGGGAAGUCGUGGAAGCAUUCUGCAGUUCAUGCCCUUUACAAUGGUUCCUGAACUGGUGAAGCUGCCCGCUCUGGCCAAACCUAAAGUGGUCCUGGCCGUCACUGACCUAAGUCUGCCGCUGGGGAGAAGAGUGGCGGCCAAAGCCAUCGCUGCCUUGUAACACCUUAUAUGUCUGAAUAGUGGGGCAUUUUAUAUUUUACACUUUGUGAACUACUUUUGAUAUCAUGAUAAUAAUUAAAGAAAAGUGUUUGCUCAUACAUGUUCA